GCUACCAGCUUGACGUAGCAAGAUGGCGGCGGCGUGUCGGAGGCGUCUCCGUCCGCACAGUGCUCGACGUCGAGCAGUCCGCGUACGUUCGCAACAACGUUUCACCGCAUUAAUGUGUCAGUGCAUCCGGAGCACCGUACACGUCCGCGGCAACGGUGCAGUCUCGUCAUACGCACCGUAGAUCAUCAACAAUCAGAGAAAACGACGCGCGAUACGACGGGACCGUCGCGAUCAGCGCCGAGCACCGCGGUAUACGUAGGGGUAGUGUGAACUCGAUCGUCCCGUUCGCGACGUUCCUCGUUCAUUUCUCUCGUGGUGCGUGCUACACGUUCCCCUGUGGCCCUCUCGCACCCCCGGUUCUACCUUCUCUCCUUUUCCCUCCGAUUCUCACCCUCUCUUUCUCUCUCUUUCUCUCUUUCUCUUUCUCUCUUGUUUUGCACCCCUCUCUUUUCUUACCUCCUACACACCAGUUCUUCGCAAGACCUGCACCCAUACAUACGCCCCGCGUGUGUUCCUUAUUUCUUUCCUUUCCUUUCACCCCCCCAAUCCCCCUCGUCGACAGUUUGUUCCGUGCUCCCAACCCCCGAAUCUCUCUGUCUCUCUCCGAUCGCGGUGAAAUGCCCGUAACCGGUCGUGGCUCGCGACGACGACGAAGACGAGGCGGGUGUCGUUGGUGCACGGUUCCUUGACGAGCAGCACGGGAUACGUGCAAACCGGCGCAUGCACUGCAGCCCUUGCUACUAUGAUAAUAACGAGAAAGGUGGCACGGUGGGCGCUCCUCCUGAAGCGAGAGGCGCUCGGCCGAACCUACGGUGCACAAAAGCGGUCAGAGCAAGCACCCCGCGGUGCCACGACGAUGCUGCCUCGUUCCGGCCGGGUAGAUGACAACAUCGACACAGACACCGACACCGUGGCCACCGACCUGACGAGGACCAGCAGCUGCGUACCGCUGGCGCUGCCGUUGCCUUGCCCGUGCUACUAUCGCUACUGCCCUCGUGCUACCGUCACCCUGUUAAGCUCGGACCACGAGGACGACUCGCCGCUGCCAAUCGCGGGGAUCGACGACACGCAAGCGGCACCGACGGCACCGACUCCAGCAGCAUCGACCGCGAACAUAGCGGAGCAACAGGACGCGGUGCACGGCGAACAGGAACUCGAGUACGCGCCGAGAGGAACUGAAGAGGAGGUGGUCAACCGUGUCAACUACCGUGCUGCGAAGAGUUAACCGGCGGAACGUGCGAGGCGCACGGUUUUGCGCGUGACCAGCACCCCCUACGCUGUCAUUCGUGCGGUACCGGUUACGUGUGA